CCGCCGCCGUUCGAACGGGGACAUGGCGGGCCCGGCCGUGCUGCCCGAGGAGUGGCGGCUGUACCUCGUCUCCUCCCGAGUCGCCACCUUCCGCAACUGGCCUUUCACCGAGGGCUGCGCCUGCACGCCCGAGCGGAUGGCGGCGGCGGGUUUCGUGCACUGCCCCAGCGAGAACAGCCCCGACGUGGCGCAGUGCUUCUUCUGCCUCAAGGAGCUGGAGGGCUGGGAGCCCGACGACGACCCCCUGGAGGAACACAAAAAGCACUCUGCGGCCUGUGGUUUUCUUUCCCUUCAGAAAGAACCUGCUAACCUGACACUACAGGAGUUCCUUAAGCUGGACAAAAUGCGAAUAAUAAAGUCAAUUAAAAAAGAGAUUUCUCAGAAGAUGACCGAGGUUGAAGAUGCAGCCAAGAGAACACGCUCUAAAAUAAAGAAUCUGGCCUAGACUGCUGCAGCUUCACA